CCCGUUUCUCAACGCCCUAACUCCACCACCACCGCCGAAGAUGAGCCUGGACUCAUCCGACGUCGUCUCUCUUCUCUCUCCCUCAACCUCUCUAACCAACCAGCGGCUAUAGCAGCUAGGUUCCCGAGAUCCAAAUCUGUCUCCGCUAUGGGAGAGCAAGCAGGGACCUCUGUGAAAGAAUGGUGGGAAUGGGGCUGGUCGUGGAUCCUUUCAAGAAAACCCAUCUUCAUCAGAGAUCUUGAGCUUAACAAAGACGAAGCUAAAUCUAUUGGUUCUCAAAACAGAGGAAGUAUAAUGCACGUCUUC